GGUCUGCGGCUUCAAAGAAAAAAAGCAUUGCACACUCACCAUCGUAUUGUUUUUCUUAUUCUUAAUUUAUCUCAUAGACCUGAAUGUAAUCAUUAAAGUGUAAUCGGAAAGGCACAAAUAUGGCAGCAGAUUUGGAAAACCUUUGUAUGUGAUUGAAAAAAAUGGUUCAUUUUAAACAAUAAUUGACGGGGCCGCCUUUGUUUUGACGUCAUAUUAGCGCGACGCCCAGUCGUCUUCCAAUAUGGCUUCCAGAUUAGAAGUCAAUUUCGUUCGGUUAUUGUCUCGCUGUGAGUCUAUAGCUUCGGAAAAACGUAGCGAAGAUGAAUGGAGGCUGGAGAAGUAUGUUGGCGCCUUGGAGGAGAUGGUGGUGGCUCUGAGAAAAAGCAUGAGCAAGCCCACUCCAGAAGUGCUGACAGAAUACACAAGAAAGGUGGAUUUUCUGAAAGGCCUUCUAGAAGCAGAGAAGCUGUUGUCACCAACAGAAAAGGCUCUAGCAAACCAGUUCCUCGCCCCUGGCCGAACACCCACAAUAGCCAACGAGAGGAUGGCUGCCACUAAAACUGUCCACAUGCAGACCAAGGCUCGAUGUACGGGGGAGAUGAGGGAUGAGCUGCUUGGCAUGGGCUUUUCAAAAAAAGGAGGAGAUUUGCGAAACAGAAGAGGUCUGCCUCUGGAUGAGCACCAGUCUGCUGCAGAGCUGGACGCCAUAUUGCAGCACCAACACAACCUGCAGGAGAAGAUCGCUGAGGACAUGCUCAACCUGGCCAGGAAUCUGAAAAAUAACACUCUGGCCGCGCAGAGCAUCAUCAAACAGGACAAUCAGACUUUGGGCCAGUCGAUACAUCAAGCCGACCUCAACUUUGAGAAGCUGAAGACCGAGUCGGAGCGUCUGGAGCAGCACGCCAAGAAAUCGGUCAACUGGCUGCUGUGGCUCAUGCUCAUCCUGGUCUCCUUUGCCUUUAUCAGCAUGAUCCUCUUCAUCAGACUCUUCCCAAGGCUCAGAUGAUAGUGUCGUCACCCCACAGUGGGGUGUUCUAAUCUAAACCAGUCAUGAAUUGACGCAUAGAGCUACAACAUGGAUGGAUACUAAUUGUUCAAUCGCCUCAGCGUGUCCCCUUCCUUGUCAUCUUGUACAAACACUUUUUUAAUAAUGUGACAAGUGUCAUUUUGUACAUAGUAGUUUUCCCCCUUAUACAAAUAGAUGAGUCCAUCAAACAACCUAAUCCAGUGUGUUUUAAGGGUGAAUUCAUUACACCCCUUAAUCUUGCUCAAAUGAACUAUUUACAUUCAAAUACUCACUGGACAAUUUCUAAGGUACAAUUGCACAAUCUAAAUGUGAUGGAAUCAAGAGAUUCAUCCAAUAUUCUGCCUUUUAAAAAGUAACAAUGCUCAAUUUAAGCAGCAAAGUAGUUCAUUAGCAUGUCUAUACCUCACAGGUCUGAGAUAAGGUUUGAAGCGCAGCAGCUGUUGGCCUGCCUAUGUGGCGUUAUCAUGGUUUCCCUGUGCUUGUGUGAGGUACUGUGGCUUCUCCCACAUUAGAAAAAAACAAAAAAAACACCAAAAAACAUGCCUGUUAUGUUCAUAGAAGACUUAAUUGUCCAUGUGGGUAAAGGCUUAUGUGCCCUGCCACUGGCUGGUGACCAUCCCAGGGUACCCAACCUCUCACCCAAAGUUAGCUGGGUUGUACUCCAGUCCAAUUGUGACACUUAGGUAUACUAUAGAGAAUGGAUGGAUGGUCAAUUUAACACAGUUUAUUAUUGUGGUUGUAGUUUGAAUUGGUAAAAAUGCACUGCACCAAACUGAAAGCUGUAGUACUUUUUUACACGAGUAUAAUUACCUUCACAGAGUGAGAACAACAGGGGUGUCACAUUAGCCAAGCAAUAACCCAUUCAAUUUGGAAGUUCCAGAUAAAUGUGUCGACUUAGGUUCACUUUAUUCAGGUCUAGCAGAUGAAGCCGUGGUGGGAGGGGGAAAAAAUGUUUUAUUUCGCCACUGGUCCUAAUUUUUUUUCAUCAAACAUUUCGUUUGAGCUUGCACUUUGUGGAAAAAAGACAAAGAUAAUGUCAGAACCUUUCCCGCCAUUAAUGUGACCUAUAACCUGUACACGUCAAUUGAGAAAAGUUAAGGGGAAGUAAAAAUAAACAACUGAGAUCAUAUGGUAGCAAAAGUGUACACACACUUAUAACUGGGGAUGUGGCUGUGUUCAAAAUUAACCAAUCACAUUUAAAACACCUGCUAUAAUUUAAAGGGCCUGUGACUAACCCCAAAUAAAGUUCAGCUUCUCUACUGGGCUAUUCCUGACUGUUUUUGUUUGUUUGUUUUCAAGCAGAAGUCUGAAGGUUUUGUGUCAACACUGGCAGGUAUUUGGAACUGUUAUUCCCUCUACCUUGUCUAAGGCCCCAGUUCCAGCUGAAGAAAAACAGCCCCAAAGCAUAAUGUCGCCACCACCAAUGUUCUUUUGGUUAUGAGCAGUGUUGCCCGCCCCCCACUCACAAUCGAGGAGACCACCGUCACACGCUAGUGUUAUAGGUUAUACAGUGCGAGGAAAAGGUAUGUGAACCCUAGGGCAUUUAUUAAUUUUCUCCAUAAAUUUCCUAUCACAUGUAGUUUGAUCAUCUAAAUCACAAGAAUAAACUGUCUGCCUAAACUAUUACAACACAAACAAUGAUGUUUUCAUAUUAUUGAAAAUAAUUUAAACAUUUGCAGGACAGGGUGGAAAAAGCAAGUGAACCCUUGGAUUUAAUAACUGGCUGACCCUAUGUGGGAGCAGUUACCUCAACCAAAUGUUUACUGUAGUUGCAGAUGAGAUGUGCACAACGAUCAGGAUGAAUUUUGGACAAUUGCUCUUUAUAAAACUGUUGCAGUUCAGAAUGAUUCCUGGGAUGUCUGGUGUGAAUAGCUGUCGAGGUCAUGCCGCAGCAUCUCAAUCUGGUUGAAAUCAGGACUUCAUGCAUAAACCUGGAAAAUGUUACAAAAGUAUCUCAAUCUUUCCAGCUAAUGAGAGAUAAUAACCUCAGCGACACAUCCCAA